GCGCAGGCAUGCGGUGAGCGUGAUGUGUCGCGCUCGUUUCGGCGCUCCUCGCAGGGUGGGGCUGGCGUGCAUGUGCAUUUUGCAUAUCACGUGAGUGCCCGUUGACAAAUCACCAAUUAGCUAGCAAGUCUUGAGAAGUUGCUAAGGAGCUUCUGGAGCAGCGUUCGGCGCGGCGCGGCGAGGCGAGGCGAGGCCAGGCGAGCUCCAUGGCGAUGUGCGAACGGAACCAUCUGAGCCCGCCGGGCUACGUCGGACCUCUGUUGAAUUUGGCCCCGACCCCCGAGACGCUCUACUUGUCCAACUUGCGGGGCGGCAACGCCGGGGCCCACAUACCCCCGCUGCACCCACACCACCCGCACCACCCGCACCACCACCUCCCUUACAACAGGAGCGCAGAGCUGUGCACGUUCCCGUGGCCCCCGUCAAGUUCGUGCGCGUCCGGGACGCCCGCCGCGCAGAGCCGCGCCUUCGGAACCUACUGCCCGACGUUUCGCUCCAAUUCGGCCGCCGCUAACAAUAACACCGGGAACCUGGCCAAGUCUCCCCAGGCCGAGCCGCCUCCUCGGUGCCCCCAGGGUCCAGACCGCAAGGCGCCACAGUCGGGCGCAGCCCGCGACGCUUACGCCGAGGAGCUGGCGAGCCACGGCGGGGGCCAGCGGGCUUACUUGGAUGCGGGGCACGCUUCUGCCCAUGCCAGCCAUCUGGAGCUGCACGAGUGCGCGCGACGACUUCAUGUAAACAACAAGCAGCAGCAGCAGCAGCAGCAAACACCGAGGCCUGCGUCCGCUCUCGCGUGCUUUGCUGAAGGUGGUCCCUGGUGCUCUUCCCCGCAGGUGAGGAGCAGGAAGAAGAGGAAGCCUUAUUCCAAACCUCAGCUCGCCGAGCUGGAAAGCGAAUUCCUGCUCAACGAGUUCAUCAACAGGCAGAAGCGCAAGGAGCUUUCAGACAGGCUGGAGCUGAGUGACCAGCAGGUCAAAAUCUGGUUCCAGAACCGCAGGAUGAAGAAGAAGCGACUCAUGAUGCGGGAGCAAGUCUUCGCUCCUUAUUGAUGGAUUCGGUUUCAAUAAUAAUAAGAAUAAUCAUCAUCAUCAUAAAAAUUAUAAUAAUAAUAAAUCACCAUCAAUAAAAAUAAAAUAAGGGAGCAGCUCAUGUCUCACGGAGCGGAGCACCACAACAGCGCCACAGCAGCGCCAGGCCGGGACUGGACUGGACUGGACGGGACGGGACGACUGCGCUGUUGUGUUUCGGCUGGGUUGGGCUGGGCUUUUAUUUAUAAACGCGUGUGAAAUGCUUCCAAUCCCAGUUGGUCACGGCAGACAUUUCACACUUCGCGGUGGAUUCUUUGGAGGCGACCCAAAUGCUCAGCAGAGGCCCAACCUCCACACUGACUAUUUUUCAUGUUGUGUCUUGUGGGUCUUUACGAUCG